AUGACUGCGAUGGCGCAGACUCUUGAGUCCAGGCCUACCGUCGUGGACUUUCGCGAUGACAGCCCGUGGGUGCAACUAGCCAAGGCCCACUGGUUGGAUGCGAAAGUCCGCAAGGCCAAACCCGAUGUGAUUAAGAAGCAAUUGUGGGAUCCUUUGGAGGCAGAUGGCUUCAACAGUCGCUCCUUGUUGAUCUUGGAGAACCUGAAUAUCCUCGAGAAGUUCCUAUGGCCAACUUACACUGGCGAUGCUUCCAAUCACCACGUACUAUUGAUCGCAUUGAUAGUCAGCGUUAAGCACCGCGAACAUCUGCCCAUUUGGGAUAUCUUCUCCGAUCGCGCCGAUGACUUCUCCAACCUUUUCCACCGCAUUCUCUCUAUGAGCAUCGACCCCUCCCUCCCAACACGCUCUCGACUCUCUAUCAUCUCCUUCAUCAUCAGCGCGUUCCAGUCACUUGAAAAUGUACUGAUCCGGAAAGAAUGCGCGCCCCUGGUUUCGAUAUCGGUCUGGCACAACCUGGCAAGCGAUGAAACGAGAAAUCGCAUCAUUGCCAAAGCCCCGACGUUGAAGAAGACAUGGAAGGCAUCCGGGAAGAGGUACGAGGCAGGUGAUGAAGCUGCCAAGGCGAAGAUGCGCUUCGAGCGCUCAUGGCUAUACACAAUGCUCCUGGACUUCAUUCACAGGCUCAAUGCACCCGAGCAGGCCGAGAAUCUCCUAUACUGCGAAAGAUUCAUGGAACUUUUGGUCGAUCUCGAAAGCCAGCUUCCUACUAGGCGCUAUGUGAACACAUUGUUGAGGGACCUCAACCUUUUGGCUAUCAUUCGCCUUUCACACCUCUAUCGUGAGCCUUCAAACGCUCUUCUGCGCGACUUCCACGGUCUUCUCAAGCAUUUUGUUGAGUUCGCGAUCGAUGACUACACUGGUGAGGCUCUAACCCCACAGGGAGUCUACGAUCGUCAUAGCCAGGAGCUGGCUCAAUUGCAAAGAACCUCGAUGAAGUUGUUUAAAGACAAGCUCAUGAUCCUUGCGCUGUCUAACCUGGGCUCAAUCGAGCAGCGAUCUGAUCUUGAAGGGCAACUGUCUUCGCUUGAUGAUUCAGAACUUCAGACACUGACCUCUGCCCUGGGAUUCCGCACGGCUUAUCCCAAGUCGGCGAACGUUAACCCAGACCGCCAGUUCUACCUAGAGGUUCUGGCAUCAUUCUAUGAGCGCAAGAUUCCGUUCCAAGAAGCUGUUGAAAAAUUAAAUCCGCUCCCCACGGAAGAGAACCUCUACGACCCAGCUUUACUCAGAAAUGAGACAUAUGACGGAUCUAGGCCUCUCGCGAUCCCCAAAUUGAACCUCCAAUAUCUCAGCCUUGGGGAUUUCCUAUGGCGCUCAUUCCUGCUUUAUCGCUCGGAAGCUUUCUUCCAGAUUCGCAAGGAUAUGGAGUCUGUUGUCAAGCGCAUGCAGCCCAAGGCUGUUCGUGACGGAAGUCUGAACUUUGAGGGCUUCUCCCGAAUGGCAAUCCCCAUCUCCAAGCCUGCCAUCAUCGACGUCGCCCCUCCUAAGGUUGGCGCAACCAAACCGGCCUUCGUCCGGGCUGAGAUCGCGAUCGAGGUUGGAAGACUCGCAGACAAUGUCAGGAAAGAAUGGGAUUCGCUUCGUCCUGAUGACGUUGUCUAUCUGCUGGCAGUUCAAGGACAGGGUGCGGAGGCUCCUCGGAUGACCCAUCUUCGAACCGCCGAAAUUGUACAGGUUCUAGAUGAGCAAGGUCGGGCAUUGCGACAGAACUCCGGUCAGGCUAAUGGACACUUGCCCAGGGCCCGAUUGCGCCGUUUGAUUGUUCAUUUGGACGCGGCUGCCUUCAAGGCCGAUCAGGAUCAACAGGCUCAGGGCAAGCCCGAUAUCUAUCCACUCAUCAACAUUGUUGCUCGACGCAAGGGUAGGGAGAAUAACUUCAAGUCAAUCUUGCAGACCAUGCAAAGGCUUAUCGUCUCGGACAUGACACUUCCAUCUUGGCUUCAGGACAUCUUCCUCGGCUAUGGAGAUCCCGCUGGUGCGCAAUACACACAACUGCCCAACCGGCUCCGGAAGGUUGACUUCCGUGAUACACUUUUGGAUUGGUCUCAUUUGAUUGAGAGUGUUCCGGGCAUUGAACCCUCAGGUUCCGAAAAUUCAAGCUUCGGUCCUCCGUAUGUUCUUGAAUACGAUGACCAAGAGUCAGCUGCCGAGCCACCUGCUCCCAAAAAGCGACGCCGCGAGCAACCCCAGGAAGCCUCUACUCCUUCCACUGUGCGCGUCUCCUCAUACAAGCCACCUAACCCGGGUCCCUAUCCCGUUGACGCUCCCAGGUUGAACCAAGUGCGGUUCACUCCUGCUCAAGUUGAGGCAAUCGCGUCAGGAACACAGCCAGGACUCACUGUCAUCGUGGGACCUCCUGGUACUGGAAAGACUGAUGUCACGACACAAAUUAUUAACAAUAUUUAUCACAACUUCCCUAAUGAGCGGACAUUGCUCAUUGCCCACAGCAAUCAAGCACUCAACCAACUCUUCCAGAAAAUCAUCGCUCUUGAUAUUGACGAAAGGCAUCUCUUGCGUCUCGGUCACGGCGAGGAAGAAUUGGACACCGACUCUAACUACAGCAAGCAUGGACGAGUCGAAUCUUUCCUUGAUAACCGUACCGCCUAUCUAUCUGAAGUGAUGCGUUUGGCUGCAUCUCUGGGGGUCGAGGGUGCACAUGGAAACUCAUGCGAGACUGCUGGUUACUUCAACACAGUCUAUGUGCAGCCAACUUGGGCGAAGUUCUGGGAUCGAGCCAAGUCUGAGGAGGUAUCAACUGAGGACAUUGUUACAUCUUUCCCCUUCCAUACAUAUUUCUCAAAUGCCCCCCAGCCGCUCUUCUCCACUGAAGCCACAAAGGAGUCCAUCCUUGACAUCGCUUCAGGCUGUCAACGGCACAUCGCCAAAAUUUUCUCUGAGUUGGAAGACAUUCGACCCUUUGAGAUUUUGAGGCAACCGCGAGACAAGGCAAACUAUCUUCUGGUGAAGGAGGCUCGGAUCAUCGCAAUGACCUCGACGCAUGCCGCUAUGCGCCGCCAGGAAAUUGCCGAUCUUGGCUUCCACUACGAUAACGUGGUCAUGGAAGAAGCCGCCCAGAUCACCGAAGUCGAGAGCUUUAUUCCCAACGCUCUGCAGAAUAUGCAAAGCGGCGAACUUCCUCUUAAGCGUGUCGUUCUCUGUGGUGACCACUACCAGAACUCACCGGUCAUCCAAAACAUGGCUUUCCGCCAAUACGCUCACUUUGAGCAGAGUCUCUUUUUGCGACUGGCACGUCUUGGUGUUCCUGUGAUCAACCUUGACAAGCAAGGACGUGCAAGAUCGAGCAUCGCAGAGCUCUUCCGCUGGCGAUACCAGGAGCUUGGCGAUCUGCCCGUCGUGCAAACCGCCCUCGAGUACCAGAAAGCCAACGCUGGAUUCCAAUUCGACUACCAGUUCAUCAAUGUUCCUGACUAUCAAGGGAAUGGAGAGCGCGAGCCGACUCCCCAUUUCAUCCAGAACCUAGGUGAGGCAGAGUACGCAGUUGCCAUGUACCAGUACAUGCGACUGCUUGGCUACCCAGCCUCCAAGAUCUCAAUCUUAGCUACGUAUGCUGGCCAAACGGCUCUGAUUCGGGAUGUGUUGAGCCACCGGUGCGGAAAGAACCCCAUGUUUGGAAUGCCCAAGAUCGUAACGACGGUCGAUCGUUAUCAGGGAGAGCAGAAUGAUUACGUAAUCCUCUCCCUCACCCGUACCCGCAGCGUCGGCUACCUCCGCGACGUCCGUCGUCUAACGGUAGCGCUGUCCCGCGCCCGACUGGGUCUAUACAUUCUCGGUCGUCGCGAAGUCUUCGAAUCAUGCUACGAGCUCAAGCCAGCCUUCGAUCUGCUCCUGCAACGCCCAGACAAAUUGAUGCUCUCCCCUGGUGAGAUGUUCCCUUCAUCCCGGGAUGCCAGCGCCGCUGUUGAGGGCACCCCCAUGGAAAGUGUGGAGCAUCUUGGUCAAUAUGUCUUUGAAAUGACUCAGGCUAAGGUCAAGGCUAUGGGUGAUGGAGAUAUUGUGAUUGAGGAUGCUGCGCCGGUCGAAGAGGACGGUCUUUUGGAGGAUGAGGAUGAGCUUAUGGGUGCUGAUGAGGAUGAGGAUAUUGAUAUUGUAUGA